AUGUGCCCCAGCACCCCAGAGGAGAAGCCGAGUCUGAGCAGAGCCUCCCUGGAGAAGAUGCCCUCCUCACCCAUGUUGAUCUUCAUGGUCAUCUUUUUCCUGGAGUUGUUGGCUGCCAUGCUGCAGAAUGGCUUCAUAGUUACUGUGUUGAUCAGGGAGUGGGUACAAUGCCAGACACUGCUUGCAGGCGACAUGAUUGCGGUGGCCUCCCUGGCCGCCUCCCGGUUCUGA